CUCUUUUUUUUCCGCAUUUUUCUUGAUCGACGGUUGAUGGUUUUGUGAACACUUUUGGAAAGGAAGAGAUAGGAAUCGGUUGAGAGUAAUAUCGUACAUCUGGAUCCCAGGAAAUAGAUCCUUGCCGCAGUUUUCUUGGAAGUGCUGGAUUCCGUCAAUAUAGAUCUUCUCCUCGCCCGUACAUCAUCCCCAGAAUAUAUCCUUGCAUGCAGACAUCCUCGACAUGAGCGAUAGAUAAAAACUCCGACCAUGGCCCGCAGAAGCGGGACUUCGACUAGAUCUCUGGUUCCACCACCACCGCCAGCGGCACCAAACGCAUCCGCAAACAAUGGAGUUCCGCCGCCGUCGACCAUCGCGGCUCAAAUCGUCGACACCGCCGCCAAUGCCAACGACCAGCGGGAACCCGAGUCGAAGCGGAAGUUCGAGCAACUCCUAGAUGACUACCUGAACGACCCGAUCACCAGAGCAGACGACCCGGACUCCCUGCUCAUCAAACUAAUCUACCUCGUAACCCAAGCGGGACUGGACGUCCUGCUCGACGACAACCCCUUCGGCGUCGACCUACUCCUCCCUCCGGCCCUGAAGAGCAUCGCGGCCAUCCAAGUCACCGUCCAGCUGCGGCCGCAUCUGCUGCUCAGCGCGAAGGAGGAGUCAGACGACGGGACGCCCCAUCCGCCGCUAUUCGUCUGGCUGCUUCCGAAGGUCUUGGGCCUGCUCGGGCAGAAGGCGCUCGGGGCGAUUCAGCACGAGCUGCGGGAGCUGUUGGCGACGUUCGUGGGCGCGCUUACUCGGGCUUCGAGUACGCGCGAAUAUGCGUUGUCCAUCGAGACAAUUUAUCGGUCUUGCGUUGAUAGUAUCGUCCUCGCUCUCGAGGACAACAACGAAAUUGUGCGGAGCUCCUCCAGUCCUUCUAUCAAAGUGAUCCUCCCGCCAUCAAGCAGUAUCAGUGACAUCUGGCCCGACAGCCAGAACUUCGUCGCCCUGCCGCAGGGGUCACAGCGGGUCGUCACAUCUCGUCCGCAGGCUAUCCUGAUUGGGUUCCACCUCGUGCAAGUGUUCAUGAGAUGUGGUGAUAGGGGGCAAAGCAACUCCGUGCUUUCCCUCUUCCGCGAGAACUUCCUCCCGUGGAUCAUCGAUUGCAGUCAUGCUCUCUGGCAGGACUACAAGCAAUGGCACGGGCAGGUGAGGAGAUCUACUGCGUUUGACGAGAUUGAGACGGCUAUCUUGGAUGUCUUGGAAGCACUGCUUCUCUCAGGGAGUGUGGAAGAUGAAUAUCAUUGCUCGUCUAAAGUCGUGGCGGCGCUGUCUUCUCAUAUUGUAGAUCUGGUCAAGGCUUCAUAUACGUCGCCGCUGUCGACUAAUAAUCAGGUUUUGUUGGCGUCGCUUCUGACGAGAGUGCGAGGGCGGUAUGUGGUACCGCGGAGCGAUGAUCCAGCUCAGGAGCACGCUCGGAGAGAUUUGAAAAGGGUUACCCUGGACGACGUCGAAACUGCGAUUGCGAGUGCCUGUCAAAACGUGACGGCAUUCAGUACCCUGAUCAGAGAUUUGCAGCUCGCUUUCUGCCUAUGGACGUCUCCCGGCGACUGGCCUUCGGAAGUGGACGACAUACGGCAAAGUCUCUGCUCGUCUGCUACGGUUAGCUUCUCGGAUGAGCAGCUACAGCAAGAUUCGAUAUCCGUGACGACCACGUUCAGACAGAUGAAUGCCCCGGAGUCUCCGCGUGCUUCUAAGCGGCAGAAGACUGCGCCUGAUGACGAUGAAGACCUGGCACGGAAGGAAUAUGACAGACUUAUUCAAUUCGUUGCAGGGGCGACGGAUGGUGAUUCUAUGGCUGAUCUAUCUGGCCUACACACAUCUAUCGCGAGCACGUAUCUCAAUAUCUCGGAAGCAGAGCAGUGCGAGCUCUUGCUCGCAUUCGGUAGAAUACCCUGUGCAGGCGCCAAAUCUCUCAUCCCCGCACAUGACAUUCAGGUGCCCGCGAAGACAACAUGUCGUGUAUGCGACGACGCUGGCAAAUCUCCACGAGACCGGAGCAUAUAUUGGAACGAGGCCGACGACCAAAGUUCCGAUUGGAAGGAUAUCGUCGCCGCCCUUCUAGCCGUCACAGAGAUACCCGAAUUCCGCGACUCUUCCAAGCCACGAGUCGUCAUGGCGUUCACGAUCGGGCGGGUCUUCAACCACAUUUCGGAUUCGGAGUACCUAAAUUUGGAGUUCUGCUCGUUGGGUCAGUGGCUGCUGGGUUCUAUGAACAGGUCGCUGAGGGAAUUGAGGGUUGCGGCUGCACAUGCUUUAAUGGUCUUUCUGCGCGACGACAUCACCAAAUCGGUCAGGGAUAAGAAUCGCUGGUCGAGCUUGGGAUUCUUCCAAGAGCUCUCCGGGAGGGAAAGUCACCUUGGGAAGCAGAUUACGCUGAUCAUGGCGUAUGGACAAGCUGCGCGGGUUUGCGGCGAGGCAGAGUUGCAAAUCAUACUUCUCCGUCUUGUUGAGUUCCUAGGGCAUCCGCAUAGGUUGGUCCAUGGUACGGCUUAUGAUGAAAUAUCAUCAAUCGCACUUGCUCUUGAUACCGAUCCCUUCUCCAUGAUGCGACCGUUCUGGAGAAGCAUCGGUAUCUUAGUCAUGAAAGACCUUUUCAGCAGGCCGCAGAAGGUGACCCUGCUAGCCGAUGUAGUCGGUCGCAAAGCCAGCGACCUCAAACUCGAUCUCGCUGCGGACACGCUACCGAUGCUCGUCCUGACGAAGCGAAAGGACGUCUUGCAAGCGAUCGCGCAUUUACGCGGCAAGGACGUCAAGAUCGAGAACAUCAUAUCACAGCCACGCCAGACUCUCGCGAGCAUUCUGGCCCUGUUGCUCUGUCAACCUGUCGCGAAUCCAGAGCAGAAUGCCUGGGAGACGCUGAUCGAGGUCGCGCCGCAAUUCGAGAAGGAAUACGAUCUCGCGCGUCUCAUCCAGCUUGAGGUCGUCCUCGUCGCUUGCGAGAUCUUGAAACUUGCUGCCGAUGACGACGAUUCGAAGAAGCCACAAUAUCAUCGAGCUUUCUACUCGCUCGCCGCGCUCGCGGAAACUAGACCUGGGCAAAGAAAGGUCGCGACGAAGAGAUCGCUAGAUUCGUUCUUCGAGUUCAACAUCCUCGGCAUCAUGGCCAAUUUCUCGGAGGUGCUGGACGCGCCGUUGGCGAACCACCCGCUGCUGGAACGAAAGCGCUGCGUAGGGGCUAUCCGGGAGAUGAUAGGGCUGGCCAAAGACGACGCCAGCUUGGCUUUACCUCAAAUCAGAGCUUGUCUGCAGUCCGCCAUGGCAGACGCCCAUCUCUGCGAUCAGAGCUUUUCGGUUUGGUCCGCUCUGUUGAAGGUGCUGCCGGAAGAGGAUCUGGAAGUCAUUGUCGACCAGACUUUUGCCCUCAUUGCUCAGAACUGGGAAUCGUUCUCGGACGAUACUAGGCUCCUUGCUUCUGGAACCAUUGACUAUCUUCACAAGAAGCACGAGCCCCUGCUGCGAGAACGAGUGGAUUAUCUGCCAUCGAUGGGUUCAAUCACGAUGCUGUCCAAAUGGGAGGGAGAGGUGGCGCGCCUCAAGGCUAAAGUUGACAAAAUUAGCUUCUUCAACACUUUCAGCCGGCGUUGCAACGACCAGAACGCCGUGGUUGUUCGUCAAGCUCUGAAAGAGCUAGUCCCCUUCCUCGAGGCAAAUCAAAAGGUCCUACACGAUGCAGCUGUCAGCCAGAAACCGUUGCCGGCUCUCCCGGCCCUGAGCCGAUCUCUCCUUGAUGCCUCCGUUCGGUUUGCUGAGGGCCACCCAGACAUUCCGAUUCUCUGUGCUCGGUGCCUCGGGCUCAUUGGUGGCUUGGACCCGUAUAAAGUCGAAACGGUCCGCGAGAAGAAACACGUCUUGGUGCUAUCGAACUUCGAUCGUGCGAAAGAAGUCAUCAAUUUCUCUGCAUUCCUUCUCGAGAACAUCCUGGUGAAGGUCUUCCAUUCAACGACCAAUUCGAAAUCGCAAGGUUACCUUGCGUACGUGAUGCAGGAACUUUGCAAACACUGCGGCUUCAGCGACUUUGCGUUCUCACGACCCCGAUCAUCGCAGACAGGGCCCGCCUGGGAACGGUGGGACCAAAUAUCUGACGCCGUCCAGGGCACGCUACAACCUUUCCUCAGCUCGAGGUACACAAUCCGCGCCCGCAACCAGAUCACAUACGAGCCGCCAGCGUACCCGAUCUUCAACUCCGAGAUAAGUCACGCGCACUGGUUACGCACGCUCGUGUACGACCUACUACAGAAGGGGAAGGGGCAGAAUCCAGAGAUGCUGUUCCCGGUCAUGGCGAGGAUUAUCAGAGGCCACGAUCUCUCGAUAUCGACGUUCCUGCUUCCGUACGCUGCGCUCAAUGUGAUCAUCACCGGAAGCGAAAACGAGACGAUGAUGGUAGGCCGCGAACUAUUGACGGUGCUGAAGACAGACAUCCAGGGCGUCGACCAGUCCGAAGUCACGAGGAUCAAGCAAUGCAGUGAGAACGUCUUUCACGUGCUCGACUACUUCAACCUGUGGCUGCAGGAGAAGCGGAGGCAGGUCUCGGAGGCCAGAGUCAUGGCGGGUAAGACGGGCCGUGGGAUCUCAGAGGACGAAGAGAUGAACGCGAUCCGGCAGAUCAGCGCCGUCGAAAGCAUAACACAGAUGAUACCCGCAGAGGUGAUAUCCCGACGUUCGGUGGAGUGCGGAUCCUACGCUCGCGCUUUGUUCCACUGGGAGAAGCAUUACCGUCAGGAGGAAGAGAAGUCGCAGAACACGGGCGUGUUCGCAAAGGACGAAUUGCUGCAGCAUUUGCAGUUCAUCUAUGCACAGAUUGACGAGCCGGAUAGCAUUGAGGGGAUUUCUGCACAUCUGCAGGUGCUUAAUCCCGAACAGCAGGUCAUGGAGCAUCGAAAGGCGGGCCGCUGGACGGCGGCGCAGAGUUGGUAUGAGCUGUCGCUUGCGGAGAAGCCUGACGACACGGAGUUGCAGAUUAAUCUUUUGACUUGUUUGAAGGAAUCUGGUCAAUAUGAUUCGAUUCUAAACUGCGUUGACGGAAUCAAUGCUACGAAAUCUGUAAGCUCCGACAUCCUUCCCUUCGCCGCAGAAGCAGCUUGGUCGACGGGAAAAUGGCCGCAGCUAGAAAGAGUGCUGUCGCUAUCUCCAGCCGACCAGGGCGGAGCAUCCCACAAGUUCAACGUGGGCAUCGGAAGGGCGUUACUCGCACUGCGCAGCGGUCAACAGGAGGAGUUCAGCAAGACUAUAGAAUCAUUACGAGCGGCCGUGGCAGCGGAAUUGUCGCCGGCUACCACGGCUUCUAUACAUGCAAGCCACGACCAUCUGGUUAAACUUCAUGUGUUGUAUGAAAUAGAAGCGGUCAGUGGCACGUCGGAGAAGACGGCGACGGACCGGAAGGAUCUGUUGGAGGUUUUGGAGCGGCGGUUGGACGUCAUAGGAGCGUAUACGUCUGACAAGCAAUAUGUGCUCGGCAUUCGACGUGCUGUGAUGCAGCUGUCAAAGAUCGAAUUUACGAAUCUAGACAUCUCGUCCGCCUGGUUGACAACAGCCAGACUGGCACGAAAAGCAGAGUUUACGUCAACGGCUUUCAAUGCGGUAAUGCAUGCUGCACGCCUCGGUGACGAUGCUUCAAAGAUCGAAUAUUCGAAGCUGAUGUGGAAAGAUGGGCACCAUCGGAAGGCUAUACAAAAUCUUCAAGGUGCCAUUGCAAGUAAUGCGUUUCAAUCUAGGGAGGCUGUUUCCAUGGAAGUCUCAGUCACGACAGCUGUAGAGCAGCCUCAAGCUGCAAACAGGACAAAAGCGCAUGCCCAACUUCUCCUCGCGAAGUGGCUCGAUAGCGCGGGUCAGACCAAAGCGGGUGCGCUGAAGGAGGCAUACGCGGCAGCCAUUCUCUCUCAUCCCAGGUGGGACAAAGGGCACUACUACCUGGGUCGUCAUUAUAACAAGCUUCUGGAAUCCGAGAAGUUGCUACCCGCUUCCAAGCAAAGCAAGUCGUUCCAAGCGGGAGAACAUACGAAGCUCAUUAUUGAGAAUUUCAUCCGGUCCACCGUGUACGGCACGAAGUACUACUACCAGACCAUCCCAAAGAUCCUGACUCUAUGGCUGGACAUGGGCAUGGAGGUACUGCACAACCAGCCAAGGACCUCUGGGCACAAGGAGCUCCACGACCACAAAGUAGGGUACGUCGAUCACAUCAACAAAUACAUCAAACGGUAUUCUACGACGCGUAUGCCUAUUUUCGCUUGGUACACUGCGUUUCCCCAGAUCAUCACGAGAAUCAGCCAUCCCAACAAGGCUGUCUGGGAGGUGCUCCAGACUUUGAUCGUUAGUGUUGCUUCUCAAUAUCCCCAGCAAGCGCUGUGGAGUCUUAUGGCUGUGACUCGCGCGACGCAAGACGAUCGUAGAGCACGUGGGAUGGCAGCCAUACAGAAGCUUAGAGGAGAAACGUCUAAGCGGAAAGGGACUACGCCGCUCGAGCUGCGCGGACUGAUACUCCAGAGUCAGAAACUCACCGACGCGCUCCUGGCUGCUUGCGAUGCCCCCAUCGAACAGCGCGUCUCGCACGUCAGUCUAUCUCGCGAGCUGGGUUUCAAUCACAAGCUUGCGCCUUGCGCUCUCGUCGUGCCAAUUGAGGCGACAAUGAUUGCCAACCUCCCCUCCGGCAACGACAGUCGUGUUAUUCGAGGCCAUAACCCCUUCCCGCAGGACGCCAUCACCAUCUCUUCAUUCGCAGAUGAUGUUCUGGUGCUCUCGUCGCUGCAACGGCCGAGGAAAGUGACGGUGCGAGGCUCGGACGGACGUCUCUACGGUCUUCUGUGCAAACCCAAAGAUGACUUGCGAAAGGAUCAGCGUCUUAUGGAGUUCAACGCGAUGAUCAACCGCGCCCUCCAGCAGGACAUUGAGUCGAGCAAGCGGCGACUGUACAUCAAGACGUACGGCGUGACCCCACUCAACGAAGAAUGCGGCACGAUCGAAUGGGUCGAAGGCCUGAAGCCAAUGCGCGACAUCAUCAUCCGCCUGUACCGGCAACGCGGCGCGCAGAUCGACUACGGCGAGCUCCGCCUCCUCCUCAACGAAGCCUGCUCCGACCCCUCGAAGCUCCCCAUCUUCACCGACAAGAUCCUCAAGAAAUUCCAACCCGUCCUACACGACUGGUUCGUGGAGACGUUCCCAGAGCCGGAGGCCUGGUUCGGCGCCCGGCUCCGCUACACGCGGUCCUGCGCCGUCAUGUCCAUCGUCGGCCACGUCCUCGGGCUCGGCGACCGCCACGGCGAGAACGUCCUCCUGGAAGAAGGCAACGGCGGCACCUUCCACGUCGACUUCAACUGCCUCUUCGACAAGGGCCUCACCUUCGAGAAGCCCGAACUCGUGCCCUUCCGCCUCACGCACAACAUGGUCGACGCCAUGGGACCCCAGGGCAUCGAAGGCCCCUUCCGCACUGCAGCCGAACUCACAUACAAACAGCUCCGCCAGCACGAAGACACGCUCAUCACCAUCCUCGAGACCUUCGUGCACGACCCCACAGCCGACUUCCUCGGCGGCGGCAAGCGCAGGAAGAAGAUUGCGGGCGUGCCCGACACGCCGCAGGAGGUGCUGGAGAGCGUGAGGGGCAAGGUCGCGGGCGUGCUGAGCGGCGAGAGCGUCCCACUGAGCGUCGAGGGGUACGUCGAUGCGUUGAUUUCGAUGGCGAGGGACCCGCGGAAUCUGGCGGCUAUGUAUAUUGGGUGGUGUGCUUUCUUCUAGGCUGCCGUGGGCCAGAUCGUUUGGUAUGUGGGAUUGACUUGGGGGAUAUGGCUGCACUGCAUUGCAUAUUGGCGUUUUGGUAAAAGUUGAGGUGUUUAUGGAAAAAACAACGAUAGAUUGGUAAUGGAAACGGGGGCUGUCAAAGAACAGUAGGGGGAAGGGUCAAUUGGCCACUCUUUGUAUAAUUUUCAAAACAGAUAUCAAG